UCCGCCUCGACGCAACAACACACGAAAGAAGAAGGCCAAAGCAGCGUUGACGUUGGAAGCCGGACAACCGAACCAUCCAUGGACAAAGUUCAGUCUUACGGUGGAGCAAUACAAGCUCCUCCAAAAGUACGGAUGCUGCUUUUGGUGUAAUAGCACCACGCACACUCCGACUCAAUGCCCCGACAAGGGCAAAGACGACGUUCGCUCAUGGCAAAGCUCGGGAAACUGAGCUCCGUGGGAAGUGAGGCGACUCCACUUCCCAUCUCGCUGGACACGGUUGCCUCGCUAGCGACCUCCCACAUGUUCAGGGAGCAUGCAGAUGUCGCACGUCUUUGGGACGACUUCGAAGACUAUGCUGUCCAGCUGGUCCCUCCGUUGGACCUACCCCUCCGCGUGCAAGACACUCACGUAUGGGCGGUUUCAUCACCAUCGGCGAGGGAACCAGCUUCAUCGCCGACACUAUCAUCUGGGGAUUCGUCCGUGUGGUCAAGACUUGAGGACCUCGACACGUUGACGACGGAAGACUACCAAUGGUUGCCUCUUCCCCCAUCCGGUUCAUUGCCGAAACCGCAUUGUAAUGCCCUAAUGGCGGAGCUACAAAGGUAUCUGCACACUGCAGUACCAGCUCCGUUGACGGAUGACGGAGUAGCGGUUGUUGACCGUCGCGAGUAUAUUGUGAAGAUCGGCCGCGAGUACGCCACGCAACGGUACGACAACAUCGACGCACCGUUACUCUACAUCUGCAUUCAGAUCGGAAAGGCGGCCUGCAGUGCCUUGAUCGAUUGUGGAGCUACUCGCAACUACAUCAGCCAAGACUUCAUGGCGCACGCCAACCUUGGCCCGCACGUUCGAAGGAAGUCACAGCCCACGCAAGCCACGUUGGUAGACGGUCACACGCACAAGUCUAUUGACCGGUGCAUUGACGUGGUGCUCGUGUACUUCGCCCUGCAGGCAUGCAAGACCGUGUCCUUUGACAUCUUGGACACCAAGUUUGACACGAUCUCGGGCAUGUUGUGGCUGCGAAGCGAGGACCAUCCGGUGAACUUCUAUCGCCAUACCAUUCCCGUUUGUGAUCGGAACGGGAUACUCGUCCCAUGCACGGUUCCUUCGUCUCACCCUUCGAUUGGUUGUCACGUGGUCUCCGCGGCAAGCAUUCAUAACUCCAUCACCCGACAAGACGUGGAAGAAAUGGGCAUUUGCUUCUUGCACGCCCUCCCUCCUCCCGACAAGCCAACAAUGGAAGUGCCACCGGACCCACGCGUCGUAACGCUUCUUGACUCGUUCGACGAUGUGUUCGAAGCUCCUGCCAGAAUCGUGUCGGAUCGGCCAAUUCGUCACAAAAUCAUUCUCGAAGACAGGGCUGUACGGAUGUUACGUACGACCAAGUACAAGGCUAAUCGAGCCAAGUGCAAAUUUGCGCAACAAGAGCUCGAGUACUUGGGCCACUUUGUGAUGCCGCAAGGCAUCCGUCCGCUCGUGGACAAGAUCAAUGUCAUUCAAGAUUGGUCGAAACUGACCAACAUUACAAAAGUGCGUUCUUUCAUGGGAUUGGCCACCUCGCCAACGAGAGUGACCGCGAACACUUCCGGCUAUGGAAUUGGUGCAGUUUUGGAACAACACGACGGAGUAGAUUGGCAUCAGGUUGAGUACUUCAGCCGAAAAGUGCCACCCAUUAACUCGAUUGAUGAUGCGCGAAAGGAGUUGCUUGCAUUCGUCACGGUACUCAAGCGUUGGCAACACUUCCUCCUCGGGCGUCGUAGGUUCACUUGGGCAACGGAUAGUAACCCAUCAGCCUACUACAAGACGCUAGACAUGGCUGUCGACAUUGACGCCCCUUGCUCUCCCGCCUCCGUUCCGAAGUACUGGGACUUGCUGGCCCAAGCCCGCGCAAACAUGCAAAAGGCUCAGGUCCGCUUGCAGCAGCAAGCCAAUCGGCGUCGCAUGCCAUGUCCUAUCCGCGCCGGUGACCUUGUCUGGGUCUCUGGGGAAGAGUUUGCACUCGAGCAAGACGUUUCGCCCAAGCUACUCCCCAAGUGGUUUGGACAUUGGACCGUCACAUUUGCCGCGGGCGACGAGCCCGAUGGCCCAUCAUUUGUGAUCGAAAUCUCGUCACAUCUAACGGUCCACCCUUUUUUUCGCGGCUCUAAGCUGGCUACGUAUACACCAGCCAAGAGCGUCCAGUUCCCGGACCGACGGUCGCAGGACCAUCCUUCUAUGGAUGGCCAUCAGGAGAUCGAUCGCGUCGUCACGCACCGCAAGUAUGGCAACAAGCCAAUGCAGUACAAAGUCACAUUCAAGUAGUGCGACCGGGACGAUACAUUGUGGAUUUCAUGCACAGACUUACAAGGCUCCACACUG